UCCCCUCUUAAUUAUACUCCAGAUUACGGAUUUGCUUUGAGAGACCAAACACCUCAGGCGAAGCGAGACGGGCGAAGCGGGCGGCGGCGGCGGCGACAAGGUCCAGCCAUGGUGGUCCAUGUCGUGUACAGGAGGAGGGAGAAUAGCUGGAGAGGCAGCGACUCUUCCGUGAGGUUCCUUGGCGCCGCCAUGAGCAACCCACCGGCCAAGCACCACAUCCGCCUCACCAGCCGCGCCGCCGGCUCGCCCCUAUGCAGCGGCAUCGCCCUCACCCCGGCCUCCCCCACCGGCCGCUCUGGCGCACGCACCGGAGGAAUCUCUCUGCGCGCUACCUCGCCGCCGCCGCCGUCCUCAACCAUCUCCAUCGCCUCCGCCGCUAGCUGGGAUUCCCUGCGCCUUGAUGGCGAAGAGAACUGGGAAGAGGUCGUCGCCGCGGGCGACGAAACCUUGGGGGCAGAGGGGGCGGCGGACGUGUACGGGGUGGUUUUGGACGACCCACCCACAGACGACGAGGUCCGCGCUGCCGUCGCAAGCAUCCAGCAGGUAUUUGAGAAUCCUUCUGGUGUGGAUUCUGAUGCAUUAGAGUUACAAGUGCUCGCACUGCCCAUCUCAGGACUCACUUCAUCCGGAAUGAUUGUUAACUAUUUCGCUGCGGAUCCUGAUGCAUCAGGGAUGCAACCUGUCCAAUUAGUAAACUUAGGGCACAUAGAUGAUUGCGCUGAACCUGCCGCAGUUUCCCUUAACUCAACCGCUCUUUUGCCAAGGGAGCAUCAGAAUGUACUGGACGCUUUCCAGCUGUUGAAAGAAGAUUCAUCUGUGCAGAAAAUGGUUAUGGCCUUGUCAACUGAUAAGGCUGUAUGGAAUGCUGUCAUGAACAACGAGGUGGUGCAAGAAUUCAAGAAAUCCUUCCAGGAUGCUAAGGAAACUGAUAUCAAGGGGAGCCACAGCUCCCCUCCUGGAAUGAUGAAGUGGGUUCUCGAAAACACCCAAGCGAAGAUCAAGGAAUUUCUUGAGAAGAUACUUCAGCUCGUGAACACGCUCUUCCAAGCUCAGAGCAAGGACUACGAUUUGUCUGACGAUCUAGUGAGAAUGUCCUUCAUGCUCUCGGUGUUCGUCUUCAUUGUGGUUACAAUAGCUCGCAUAAAGUGAGUACAACAAUUCGUCGACUUCACACUUGGUGGUUAUUUCGUGUACAGGAUCAGUUAUAGUCAUAGUAAUUUCCUUAUGGGUUAACCACGAUUGUGUUCAAGGAUGGUGUCAUUCUUAGUUCCCAGGUCUAGAACAUCAAAGGCUGCCAAGGAUUCUUAGUGAAAAUUCUAUAUAUAACCCGGUGGGUUAUGGUAUUAAUGGUGUUACACAUUCCUAGUUCUUAUCAACUGCAUUGUGCUUAUUAUCCAGUUGUGAAAGUGAACACAAUCAAAAGAAUCAGUGAUGCAAGAUUUGACCA